CCACUGGGGUCUGUGAGGGCGGGGCUGGGGACCAAGGGCUCUGAAUUUCUGAAUUUUUCAUCAGCUUAGACUUUCUCCAGACCGCCCCACUGGUGGAAAGCCUUCAGGAACUGAUGUAAGUGGAGGGAGAGUCCAAGCUUGGAACUAGCCUUAUGGGGAAGAUGCUGGGAGGUGAAGGGGGUGGGGGCAGGUGCGCGGCCAGGACCCCAUAAUUGGUGGUGGUGGAGCAAAUGCCGAAUGGAGUGCUGGAUGGGCAGAUGGUGAAUGACUCUGAGCUUCCGUCAGCCUUGCUCCUCUCUGCUUUGGCAAAGGAAGGAGGACUGAGUGCUGAGGUGGAUGGAGAUGGGGCCUCAGGUCUCCCUGAAAACUAAAACCAUUCAAGGUGGCCACACAAUGAAGAGGCCCAAGUGAUUCCCCCAGACCCCUUGGACACAUGGCCAGCUCAGUCCCAUGGGCCCACUGGGCUGAGCCAGACCAUCGGAAAGGCGUCCGGCGGCAGAGGGCCUGUGGGGCAGGUGAGGAGGUCUUUGAGCUGAGCCUGGAUGAAGACAGAGUCAUCGGGGCUCUGGACGAGAUAAUUGCCCACCGGAGGAUGCUCCUCUCCCCAAGCCCAUCAGAUCCAGUGCUGUUGGGAGGCUCCAGCCCUGCCGAGAACCCUGAAUCCAGCCAGGAGCCCUGGGCAGCCGCAGAGAAGAGCUCAGUCUUCAGCAGCCUGCGUGGCUCUGAACCACGAGGGUUCACGGCAGCCGAGAGCAUUCCUGCGAGCUCAGUAGAUGGUAAGGAAGAUGAGCUAGAGGAAGUAGAAACACAAGAAGGGUCAAUUUCCCCAGCCUCCUGUGAUCUACAAAGAGACCAGGAAUUGGGCGUGACCGAAGAGGAUGAGUGGAACCCAGAGAGCGAGGAUGGCCUGGAGUUCCCAGUCCUCACCCAUGAGGGCUCCUUCCCACCAGAAUGCAACCAGAGACUGGAUGGGUUGCCCCCAGCUUCCCCCUUCCCUCUUAUCUGCGGUGAUGGUGAAGAGUUCUCAGAUCAGUCUGACUUCAGUUCCAGCCCCAAAGAGCCCUCCAGCCAGCACUCCCACAGACUAUCCCGGGCCUAUGCAUUAGGAUGCCUCAGUCACCUUGCUGAGAGCCCAGACUUGGCUGCAGGGGGUCAGCUUGCUACUGUCUCCGGGCAGCUCUUGAGAGGCUCCCCAUGGUCUCCAUCAGUGGGCUCUCCUGAGCCGAGCCAGCACCCCAGCUCUGUGAGCCCUCCACCUCUAGAGGACCUGCAGGAUACCUCGAGGUCCCACAAGAGCAGGCCAAGCAGUACAGAGGACCUCCCUGAGUCCUGGGCUGGAUCGGUCACCCAGGCAACCGCCACCAGAAUGUUCCAAGUCCCCAAGGCCCAGCUGACUCCAGCCUGCGGGCAGCCUGGGGUUGAGGACAGUUGGGGGCCGGGUGGCGAUCGACCCACAAGCCGAGUGAGGGAGGCAAAGAAGGCUCCUUCCCCGAGGCGGCCUGUCCUGGCCUCCCGGCCAUCCCGGUCCCUGAGUCCCCCAGGGACCACUAACUCUCGGAGGGCAGCUCAGUCGGGCACAGUCAAUCAGAACAGUCCCCGGCCCUCCCGCUCAUAUGGCCAAGGGCGGCUCCAUUACCCACUCCCGGAUUUCUCCAAGGUGGAGCCACGCGUGAGGUUCCCUAAGGACUACCACCCACCCCGAGGGAGGCCUCUGGCCACCAGGGCCAGCCGGGCUAUGAGCCCACUGGUCUUCAAGUCUCCAGCGGAGAUUGUGCGGGAGGUGCUGCUGAGCAGCGAGGAGGCCCCAUCCAGCUCCUCCAGGGUGGUGACGCAGGUGCCGGAGGAGUUUCGGACGCCUGAGCAGGCUACCCAGCUGGUCCAGCAGCUCCAGGAAGACUACCACCGACUGCUCACCAAGUAUGCCGAGGCGGAGAACACCAUUGACCGGCUGCGGCUAGGAGCCAAGGUAAAUCUGCACUCGGACCCACCCAGGCAUAGCCAUGGCAUCCACACGAGGACGCUGCCGGCCGGGACCCAGCCACUGACCCUCUCCAUCCCCCAGGCCAGGAGGGCCACACUCCAGUCAGACCCUGACCUUGCCCCAUGGGCCACCCAAGAUCCAGGUUCCCAGUCCGCACAGGAAGAUGAGCAUGACACCUCCUUCAGCAGGGUCCAGUACCCUGGUCUGCUGGGACAUGACCCCUCUCCUGGCCCAGACGGACCAUCCCCAGGAGACUUGCUGACCCAGACUCUGGCAGCGCGGGUGGAGAACUUACUGGCACAGGUGGAGUCUUUCGAAGGGCUGGUCCAGACGGGGAGACAGGCAUCACAUGACCAACUGAAGGACUUCUGGCAGUUGAAGGCAACACAGAGCGCCCUAGAGGGAGCCUAUCUCCAGGCCCGCGAGAAGCAUCAACAACUGCAGCAGCUCCAGGACCCGGAGAAGCCCCCGGGGGCAUUUGAUCUGGACAGGACGGUGGAGGGAGAGAUCUUCCGGCUGGGAAUACACCUGGAGGAGCUGAAAGAUGGACUUGACCAGGUUACUCUGGGCCGGCAGCCUCCCGGAACCCCACUAGAGAACCCGCCACCAUGCAGCUUCUCGGCCUCACCAUCUGAGGAACUGCCCCGGGUUCCAGCCCCAUCCCCCCUGACACCAAAGCCAGCCAGCUGCAUCCCAUACUCCCAGCCUCUGGGGGUCCCAGGCAGCCCCUCCCUGCCUCUGAGGGACACAGCAGCUAGCUCAGUGGGCAACGAGCCAGAAGGUGAGAGAGGUGGUUUCCCAGGGCUCCUCCAGCACGAAGCCCUGCAGUUGGAGAGGACCUUCCUGCUGGGUCAGUAUCGGGACACCAAAUCUCUCCCAGGUGCCCUGAAGGUGGAACCGAACCAGGGAGAAGGGGACUUGCAGGAGGCUGUGGAGAGCCCCACUCUGAGGAAAGCCCAGCUGGGCACCCACCGCCGCAGGCCACUGGCAUCAGAGGAGGAACAGAGGUGCUCAGUCCCUCUUCUAGCACCUCUGGAGAGGAAGGCCCCCACCCCCUCAGAAGAGAAGCAGCCAUCUGGGCAGGGACCUAUGUGCCGACUGCCUAUGCAUCAAUCUGAGCCUCUUCCCCGACGUGGAACUGCCCCCCCCAACCCCCUCCCAGACAUCCCCAACUUUCCCAUCCUGAGACGGAAGCAGCCACCAUCCCACCAGAGCAGCGUUGCCAGCCUGGUGGACAGGGGCAGCUCUGAGCAGCUGCCCCGCAGACAUUCCUCCCCAGCCAAAGCCACCCGGCAAGAGGACCAUCGCAUCGUGUCCCCGGAAACCGACAGUGGCUUCCUGGGGUCUGAAACCAGCCAGGUGUCACCCCUCACCCAGACUCCGGAGCACCAGCUUCAGCAGGCCAGCAAGCAGCAGAAGACUUGCCAGAUAUCCUUGGCUUCCAAGCCCCGGAGGCAUCCCCUGGAAAACCAUCCCCCUGCCACAUGGGUGCCCUCCAGCCCCAGUCCGGCUCAAGGCUUCAGCCCUUGGAAGGAGUCAGAGGGCAUCCCCCAAGAAAGGGGGCUGGGGGCCAUGCAGAGCACCCGGGAGCAAUUCUGGAGAAGGAGGCAAGGCUGUAAUCACUCAUCCCAGCUUGGCCCAGAUUCAGAAGCUCCAGCCUGCUCGGAAGAAAAAGCAGGUCAGAGUGACGUGAGGACUGAAGCCUCCAGGAUGAUCAAGGCCUGCGACCAGCCUUCCAUCCAAGGGCAGGACCAGCCUGCUGCCUUCUUGGCCACAUUCCGGCAGCCAACAGUGGAACUUCCAGCCAGCCACCUCGAUGCCCGGAUAGCACGAGACCAGGCUAUCCAGGCCCUGCAGAACGAGGUCUCCCGGCUCCGGCGGAAGCUCGAGAAGAUGCUACUUAGCUCCAGGGAGAACCCCGAGGAGACUCCCAGAGUACAACCCAUCCAUCGCCAUGGUCACGUUGGGAAGGCUCCUCCAUCCUCGGGCGGCUCCACGCCCACCAGAAAGCCUGUGAAGCAGCACCACCAAGAACGGGGUGAUUCGUCCCCGGGCAUCCCACCCAUAAGGCUGCGGCCCAGGUCCUCUUCUUUUCCACGGGGUGCAUCCAUGCUUGACUGCAGCCCAGAGUCCGAGCAGCCCACCACUGAGAGGAGGAGAGCUGCAGAGUGGAGCUGUCGGGGUGAGGAAUGGGUUGGAGUGAGAGCAGCGCACGGAGCCCAGAAGCAGGAGGGCAUGAUAACCUUCCGAGGCCUUUACACAGGGAAAGAGUAUCACAUGCCAAGGCCCAAGCCUGCUAGGGCAGCCGCAGACACCACUUCCUGCUCUUGCUGCCAGAAGCUUCCAGGCAGGGAUCCGGCCCAGGGCGUAGGCACCUCUCCACCACGUGACCCCUCCCGGAAGAUGCAGUGUCCCCUGCACUGGGAUUCUGGAAACGCCGCAGCUGAAAAGCACUCAGAUCCAGCAACUACUGGGUCACACCAGUUCACCAGGAGAGGUGGAUCACCAGAUUCCCAGCCACAUUCUGAAGCCAAGCGGACACAUUCUGAAGCCAAGCGGCCUCCGUCCUCACCUCCACCACCCAGGGUUUGGUACUUGGCCUCCCCAGCCGCCCCUGCUCCAGCUGUUGCUUACCUUCCAGUACUGUCAACUUUGCCUCCUUCCCCUUCUAUAGUGUACUACCCCACUUGUGUGUCUACCUCAGCCUCCUCCCCAACAGGCCCUGUCUUCUAUUGCUCCAGCAGCUUCAGCUCCACAGAGCAGACGCCACCAACUGCCCCCAGGCCAGUCCCGGGGCUCCGCCGUUCCCUGGCCCUUGAACUGGAUGACCUCAAUGAACUGAACUGGUCCCUGAGCCAAGCUGUGCAGGCAGCCAAAAGCAUCAAGUUUACCACCAAGCAGAUGAGCCGGUCUUUGACUUCUGACCUAAACAGGGCCAAGGCCCUGAGGAACUCCUGCCUCUUUUGACAAGAACUGGUGAAAGGUGGAUUGGGUGGGGAGAGCCACCUUGCUCUACCCCGCCUGAGGUCCCAGCCACAAAGGCAAGUCCAGCGGUCCUAGGGCAAGGUGUGUUGGGCUUUUACCUUAAACAAGUAUGCAGUGCUCUCCCUCAGAUCUACUUAUGUCUGAAAGUAGAAUCGGCUGAAUCUCGACAGUGCAGAUGAGAGUUGAUUAUUUUCCAGUUCACUUAAACCUCACAGAGCAGUGGACAGUCUGCAUAGAUCAAAUUACCUAGAUAACUGUUAGAUGCCCCUUUCCCUUUGCGUCUUUUUUUGGUACGGACUAGGGCAGUGAAGGCAGGCCUGCCCCUGCUGCAGUUAUGCCUUCCUCAGCUUCCUGGGAUUGAGCAGCAUUUAUCCAUCUCCAUCCCAAAGACAAGUGAAGAAAGCUGAGUUUUUAUUUUUUUUAAAUAACUGUACAUAUCAUUUAUGUGUUUGGACACAAAGACAAGUGAGAAAGAUGUUUUAAUUUUUUUUAAAUAACUGUACAUAUCAUUUAUGUGUUUGGAAACUGGGAUUCCUCAUCUUGUUGGUGUUGAAGUUGAAGGAAAGGAACAAGAAGCAAAUGUGAGACAGAAGAGCACUUUGCUCUUCACAGGCAUGUGGAAGAAUUCAAAGUGCACUAACCAGCCAUGAUUCCCUCCCAUUUUCUUUCACACUGCCUCUCCCUUCUCACCUCCAUCUCCUAUGAUAUCUUUCCAAUGGAAGGGUGUUAGUCCGGUGUUAAUUUUAUCCACUGUGAAAUUCAGCAAUUGGGCUGGAUAUUUUUUAGUCUCAAAUUCCAUCCAGGUGUCAUGAUGGCUUCCAGCCCCUUGGUGGUGUGAGAGAAACUAGUGAGUUUGCAACUGGGUUGAGUGUCAUCUCAAACCUUUGCUCAAUUCUUCAGUCCCCUGCUUCCUUGGUUGGUUGUUAUUCUCCACCUCCCUCCCUCCUUCCUCUUACAUUGUAAUAUCCUGUGGGAAAAUUUGGCUCCAGCAGGGGAGUUUGAUUUGGCUGGGUGUGAUCUAGUCUGGUUUUCCGAUGCUUCAAGGUGGCCUUGGAUGAUUCAGGCUUCAAUAGGGGUUGCAAUUGGCCUAAUGCAAGAGCCUCCAGUGGUGGUGGGGCAAUUCUAAGCACAUGGGGCUGGUUAGCAACAAUAAAAUAAAAGGUGUAAAUGGGCAGCAGUGCUGGGCAUUUGGAUCACAGUAAAGGAUGCUGAUGUAUCAUGGUAAAAGCAGUAGUGGAGCCCAAGAACUCCAAAGCAGGACCACCAGCCCUCCAUGGCUUCCAACAGCGGGUCAGCCUCAUACAGAGUGAACUGAUGAGGAGGGGUGCCAACAGGAGAGCCUACAUGGCACUGGAUGGCCUUCAGGAGCUGGCACCUUGGAAGGUGGCCACCAAUAGCAUAGAGCAGAAGUCACCUCUAUUCCCAAUGAAAUAUGCAUGUCCAAAGUGGGAGCUGUUUUCAGUCUAU